AAAAGAGUGGUGAGCCCCCAUGACCACAAUACAUCCCGUGCAUUAUAAGCUUCUAUCUGACUUGAACUCAGGAGCACUUAGCUUUGAACACUGGAGAGAGCCGAGAUGGGGAAAAGUCGCUUCUCAGGUUUGGAGGUGACCCUCAUCGUCAUGUUCGCACUGAUGUCCGUGGCAGCCAUCACUUUCAUUGUUCUAUUUGCCACAGGAGAACCCGGGAUCAUCAAAGAUGAAACUACACUACCAUUUGUUCCUCAGUGUCCCAAUAUCCCCCUGGCUGAAAGAGUGGACUGUUUCCCUGAUGCAGGAGCCUCAAAGCGAACAUGUGAACAGCGCGGAUGCUGCUGGGGGCCACUGGACGAGAGAAACGUUCCCUGGUGUUUCUUCUCAACCAACCACGGAUACACAGCGGAAUCAGUAGAGCAGCCGAAUCCUUACGUGAUGAAGGCCCAGCUGAAGAGAAUGGCCUCUCCUUCUUUAUUCGGCGAUGAUAUACAAGAGCUGGCAUUCCACGCAGAAAUGCAGUCAAACAAUCGACUCAGAUUUAAGAUCAACGAUGCCCACAGGCAGCGGUUCGAGGUCCCCCAUGAGCACGUCGGCAGCCUAAAGAGUGACCCAUCGAGCCCCAUCGGCAACACGCUGGAGAUCUCUCAGAAACCCUUUGGCCUCACCGUGCGCAGGAAGGAGAACAAAAAAGUGCUGUUUGACACUACGAUGGCGCCUCUGGUGUUCGCCGACCAGUACCUCCAGCUCUCCGCUAAGCUUCCAUCCCAUAAUGUUUAUGGCCUGGGAGAGCAUGUGCACAGACAGUAUCGCCACGACAUGAACUGGAAAACUUGGCCCAUCUUCACAAGAGACGCUUUCCCUAAUGGGGGAAUGCAUAACCUCUACGGACACUAUCCAUUCUUCCUCUGUCUGGAGGACGAGAGCGGAAAGUCAUUCGGGGUCUUCCUCAUGAACAGCAAUGCGAUGGAGGUCACCCUGCAGCCUGCUCCAGCUGUGACCUACAGGACGAUUGGGGGGGUCCUUGACUUCUACAUUCUCUUCGGAGACACACCAGAACAAGUGGUCAUGGAGUUCCUUGAGCUCAUUGGCAGGCCCGUCAUUCCUCCCUACUGGUCACUGGGUUUCCAGCUUUCUCGGUGGGACUACGGUAGCCUGAGUGAGGUGAAGACAACUGUGGAGAGGAACCGUGCCGUUAGCCUCCCAUACGACAUUCAGUACACUGACAUAGACUACAUGGAGGACAAGAAAGACUUCACCUACGACAAAGUCAAAUUCAGUGAGCUGCCUCAGUUUGCCGAUUACCUCCAUGAGAAGGGGCAGAGGUACAUCCUCAUCCUGGAUCCUGCAGUGGCUACCAGUAAGCGAGUAGGGAAUGCUGCAUACGACUCCUAUGACCGAGGGAAUGAGAAGAAUGCCUGGGUCACUGAAACAGAUGGGAAAACUCCUUUGUUAGGAGAGGUGUGGCCAGGAGAGACAGUGUUUCCAGACUACACCAGCCAAAGCUGCAUUGACUGGUGGGUUGAUGAGUACGAGCGAUUCUCCAGGGAGAUCAAACACGACGCCCUCUGGAUCGACAUGAAUGAGGUGGCUAAUUUCAAGAAAGGAUCGAAUAAGGGCUGUGCCGAUAACAAACUCAACUACCCUCCCUACACUCCAAAGAUCCUGGACGAGGUGAUGUACAGUAAGACUCUGUGUAUGGAUGCCAAGCAGGCCUGGGGGAACCACUAUGAUGUCCACAGUCUGUACGGAUACUCUAUGGUACUGGCCACUGAGAAAGCUCUGCAGCGUGCGUUCGGAGGAAACCGUACCCUGAUGCUGACCCGCUCCUCCUUCCCAGGUGUGGGGAAAUAUUCGGGUCACUGGCUGGGGGACAACGCCGCCAACUGGAACGACAUAAAAUGGGCCAUCCCGGGCAUGCUAGAGUUUGGGCUCUUCGGGGUUCCCUAUAUCGGAGCAGACAUCUGCGGAUUCUUUGACGACUCCAGCGAAGAGUUGUGCCGUCGCUGGAUGCAGGUGGGAGCUUUCUACCCCUUCAGUCGGAACCACAACGCUCAGGGCUACAAGCCCCAGGAUCCAGCUUCGUUUGGCUCUGGUUCAAUGCUGGUGGAGAGCUCCAAACAUUACCUGAGGAUACGUUACACACUUCUGCCCUACCUCUACACACUCUUCUACAAAGCCCACACCACGGGGGAGACUGUUGUACGUCCUGUCAUGCACGAGUUCUACGCUGACAGCGCCACCUGGACGGUGGAUCGCCAGUUCCUCUGGGGAAAACACCUGCUCAUCACACCUGUGCUGGACCCGGGUGUGGACAUGGUGCGCGCAUAUGUGCCAGAUGCUGUGUGGUACGACUACGAGACGAUGGAGCGGCUGGCAGACCGUAAAAUGCAUGUUGAUAUGCAUCUACCGGCUGACAAGCUGGGUUUACACAUCAGAGGUGGUGCGGUCCUCCCGACGCAGGAACCUGAUGUCACCACCACAUACAGUCGGCGCAACCCCAUGGGCUUGAUCGUCGCUCUUGAUGACAACAGCAAGGCAGCUGGGGAGCUGUUCUGGGAUGAUGGAGAUUCCCGAGAAACCGUUAAAACAGGAAACCACAUCCACCACACGUUCUCCAUUGUCUAUGGAGUACUGACGAUGCAGGUAGCCCACGCCGGCUACAAGGACCCAAACAACCUCAAGUUCGAGAACGUCACCAUCCUCGGGGUCCCCACCGCUCCUCUGUCCGUCUCUGUCACUCACGUUGGCGCUGGACGAAAGGGAAACACCACCACAGCGGUGCCAAACUCCGGCAUACAGUACGAUGGAGCCAAGGAGGUUCUGUUUCUGAGCGGCCUCUCUCUGACCCUGGGGGAGACCUACCUGGUGCAGUGGGAACUGGAGGCACAAGAGAAGCAGCGCUUCGACUGCCACCCAGAGGAGGAUGCAGACGAGGCCAAGUGCAAGGCCAGAGGCUGCCUCUGGGCGCCAAGCACCAUCGAACGUGCCCCGUGGUGCUUCUAUCCAAAAGACUAUGGUUACACCGUUACGGCACGCAAAGAAUCCAACUCGGGCAUGACAGUUGACAUCACCCGCAACAAGAAGUACUUGAGCAGCGGUCGCCCCCAGUCUCCAGACAUAGACACGCUCCGCGUCGAGAUCCGUUACCACAGCGGUGACAUGCUGCAAUUCAAGAUCUGGGACCCAGCCACAGAUCGCUAUGAGGUUCCCGUGCCGCUGUCGGUUCCCGCUGUUCCCGAGACUGAUGAGAGCAAGAGGCUUUACCAGGUCCUUCUAACCGACAAUCCAUUUGGCAUCCAGGUCGUGAGGAAGAGCACAGGGACCAAAAUCUGGGACUCCUCUGUGCCAGGUUUUACUUUCUCCGACAUGUUCAUCCAAGUAUCUACUCGACUGGCCUCGGAGUUUGUGUACGGCUUUGGGGAGACAGAGCAUCCUACCUAUAAGCACAACUUCGACUAUCACACCUGGGGAAUGUUCUCCAAGGACCAGCCACCGGGUUACAAGAUGAAUUGCUACGGGGUGCAUCCUUUCUACAUGGGCCUGGAGACCACCAGCGAUGCUCACGGUGUGCUGCUGCUCAACAGCAAUGCUAUGGAUGUGACUUUCCAGCCUACUCCAGCUUUAACCUACCGAACUGUGGGAGGCAUCCUGGAUUUCUACAUGGUCCUGGGACCUACACCUGAGAUGGUGGUGCAGGAGUACACUGCACUGAUUGGGCGUCCUGUUCUACCUGCCUAUUGGUCUCUUGGGUUCCAGCUCUGUCGCUAUGGUUACGCCAACGACAAAGAGAUAGGGGAUCUCUAUAGAGACAUGAGGGCAGCGGGUAUCCCCUAUGAUGUGCAGUAUGCAGACAUUGACUACAUGGAUCGCCAGCUCGACUUUAUCCUGGACCCUGAGUUCAAAAACCUGCCCACCCUGGUUGAUCACAUGAGAGGAGAGGGCAUGAGGUUCAUCUUCAUUCUGGAUCCGGCCAUUUCCGGCAACGAGACAGUUUAUUACCCUGCCUUUGUGAGAGGUAAAGAAGCGGAUGUCUUCAUCAAAUGGCCUAAAAACAUCAGUGAUGAAAUUGUGUGGGGGAAGGUCUGGCCAGAUUAUCCUAAUAUCACUGUUAAUGAAUCCCUGGACUGGCAUACACAAGUGGAGUACUACCGGGCCUACACAGCGUUCCCUGACUUCUUACGCACCGAAACAGCCGAAUGGUGGCUUCAAGAAAUCAAGGAUUUCUAUGAGAAAACCAUGAAGUUUGAUGGCCUCUGGAUCGACAUGAAUGAACCCGCCAGUUUUGUCCAUGGCACCGUUGGACAGAUGUGUCUCGGUGAUCCACUGCUCGAGAACCCUCCGUAUAUGCCACCAUUGGAGUCCAAACAUCUUGGCUUAAACCACAAGACUCUGUGCAUGAACAGCGAGCAGACACUCAGUGAUGGAAAGAAAGUCAGACACUACGAUGUCCAUAACCUCUACGGCUGGUCCCACACCAAGCCUACCUAUGAUGCUCUGCUGAAUGUGACAGGUAAAAGAGGCAUAGUGGUGACAAGGUCCACUUACCCCUCCAGUGGAAAAUGGUCUGGGCAUUGGUUGGGAGACAACAACGCCAGCUGGGACCAGCUUUACAAAUCCAUUAUAGGCAUGAUGGAGUUCAGUCUGUUUGGCAUCCCUUACACCGGGGCCGACAUAUGUGGCUUCUUCAGUACAGCCGAGUAUGAAAUGUGUCUGCGCUGGAUGCAACUGGGGGCCUUCUAUCCAUACUCACGCAACCACAAUGGCAAGGGAAGCCCGAGACAAGAUCCUGUUGCUUGGAAUACAACCUUUGCAGAGACCUCCCGCGACGUUCUGAAUAUACGUUACACCCUCCUGCCCUACCUGUACACGCUGAUGUACGAGGCCCACACCAAAGGAAGCACAGUGGUCAGACCUCUCUUGCACGAGUUUGUGAAUGAUACAACUACAUGGAGCAUCUACAAGCAGUUCCUCUGGGGACCUGCUCUUCUUAUCACCCCUGCCCUCGACCCGGGAGCCAGGCACGUGGAUGGCUAUGUUCCUAACGCACGCUGGUACGACUUCCACACGGCCAAAAAUGUUGGCGUGCGCGGCCAGGUGGUCAGCAUGCCCGCGCCCAUGGACCAUAUCAACCUUCAUAUCAGAGGAGGACACAUCUUACCCUGGCAGAAAGCAGAAAACAAUACACAUUAUAGCCGGAUGAAUCCUUUAGGACUGAUCGUUGCCCUGAGCGACAGUGGAACUGCCCGAGGAUCGUUCUUCUGGGAUGACGGGGAAGGAAUAGACACGGUUGAGAGAGACCAAUAUCUGCAGAUGUCCUUUGUGGCGGAAUCGGACAACUUGACCAGUCAGGUCGUCCACAGUGCCCUGGCCCCGGCCGACCGCUUGAUCCUGGGGGUGGUGAAGGUUUGGGGCGCAGGCAGGGUUAAGAUCACAACAGUGACCUUAACGGACGCGAAGGGAACCGCGCGUCAACUCACCCCGCAGCACAACCUGGACACUGAGGAGCUGAUCAUAGAUGCUUCCUCAGAGUCGGUGCGUCUGGAUCAGAGCUUCACCAUAAAAUGGACGACCGGCGUCUAGCCAAGAGCACAGUUGCUGUGCUUCAGUGGCAAACAAUUAAUGUUAAUGUUAAAUAAUGUUAAGAAAUGCAAUGUUUUAUUGAGUGUGAGAUACCCGUACUGGGUCACUGAUGAGCCUGUAUGUGUUGCAUGUCAUAAUGCUAUCUGAAACUUUUUACGUGACACUGUCUUUAAUUGUAAAGUAAUAAGAACCGGGUUGAGCAAAGGCACAAAUAAUGUCAAAACAUAACACGCUUUAAAUUUACAAUACAGAACUGCAAUACCUUCAAUAAAAAACUCGUUCUUGCUACUACAAA